AUGGGAUUUUGCCCUCAACUGAACUAUCAAUGCGGGCAUUCGUACGGCAAAACUACCGCUGACCUUGCCGCGAACCUGACGUACUACAAUGGCCCACAAACACAGAAACCCCAUCACCUACAUCCGACUGUAAGCAACGAUAAGAAUGCCUCCGUUAGAUCCGUGUUUCGUGAUGAAGUACCCGGACAAAUGUUACCCAAACCUACUGGUGAUAAUAAAUAUAUUGCUGGCAUGAUUCCUGGAUAUUCCGGUGAUGUGCCGCACAUGACAUUCAAAUUCGGAGCCACUUAUCGUCAGACCACGGACGAAUGCGUGGACGAGUUUGUGCGCGAAUACAAUUGUCAGGAGAAAAAACGGGAAGAACUGAAAGAAAUUUCCGGCCUAUUUCCCACACUUCGUGCAGUGGCCAACGAUCCUCGGGUGCGUAAUCACAUGAAUAUUUGGUCGGAUGAAUUGCAAAAGAACAGUGUCAAAGUGACCCCGAUCCGCGGUCCGACCGAUCCACCGAUUCCCGGUUACCAGGGUUUUAUUCCCCGUCUAAAUACAACCGAGACCGGAUUGUCCAAACGGUAUCAUGAGGGUACCAAACAAAGUUUGGAAGCAUUCCGAGCCGAGAGUCAAGGACACUUUGAACGUCUAGCACAACCGAUUACAAGUAUCAACACGAGCCCGAUGGUGGGUAAUAAACCCCCAGAGCUACCCAGCUCAAAGUACGUGUCCUCGCGCAUUUUCCGAAGAGAAGGCAUGAUUCCAGACUACGACGGUCACGUGCAUGGAUUCAAAUUUCAAAUAGGUCAAAGCUAUGGGAACACCACACGUGACCUUGAAGUGUGCGCUCAUCCGUUCCCCAGUUACGGGGAUUUUGUGCGUGAAAAAGAUCUGGCCAGUAAAUAUAUUCGUCGAUAA